AUGGGACCCUUCGGAAUCAAUGCCGCGCAGGAGAAAAGGCCAGGGAAGGAGUCUGCGACGACCACGGUUACGAUGAACGACCAGGAUGUCAUCUAUGUCGACUUUGAGCCGGGCGACCCAAGAGACCCUCUGACAUUCUCAAAGAAGAAGAAAUGGACGAUUACCUUUACAGCCUGUAUCUUCAGCAUCUUAGUCUCCACAUCGUCUUCCGCCUUCGCCAUGGGAAACGAUUCCAUGAUGCGCGACCUAAACUGCACCCAGUUUCAAGCUACCCUUGGACUUAGCUUGUUCAUUAUUGGCUUCGCAAUCGUGCCACUCUUCACGUCCCCGUUGAGCGAGGAGUUCGGCCGACGGUAUCUAUACGUCGUCUGUGCUACGGUUGUCACUGGGACCAUAGCUGAUAUUUGGUCAUCUAAAGAUCGCGGCCUUCCGAUGUCGCUGUACUCCUUUGCCGUUGUCUCAUCGCUGGGACUAGGCUCCUUAGUCGCAGGGUGGAUUGAAGCAAACCCCGAAUUAGGGUGGCGAUGGAUACAAUGGGUGAGCGUGAUCUUCAGCGGUGCCUACUUUGUCUUGGUCGUGGUUUACAUGCGCGAAACACGUGUUGCCGUCAUCACCGCUCAGCUUGCGCGCAAGAUGCGCAAGGAGACGGGCAGCGACCGCUAUCGUGCACGCAGCGAGGACAGCGACAAUGCAAGGGAUUUGAGAAAGCUUAUUUGGGUGUCUUCGACAAGGGCCUUGUUUUUGUUAUUCACUGAGCCGACGGUGCAAGUCAUGUCUCUAUGGAUUGCAUUCACCUGGGGAGUCCUAUUCUGUCUCAUCGAGUCCAUAUCUCCAGAGCUCCAAAGUCUUUAUGGCUUCAACGUCGGAGAUACUGGAAGUGCAUUCGUAGCUCUCACCUUGGGUAGUAUCUUCGGCUUCUUCGCGUCGAGGUAUCAAGAGACAUUGUACAGAAAACAUGUUGAUGCUAAAGGUCAGGAGGCGCGUCUGUACCUUGCUAUGGCUGCAGCUUUCCUGUUGCCCAUUGGAGUCUUCAUGUGGGCCUGGACAGCCAACUCUCGUGUGCCAUGGAUCGUGCCUCUGAUUGCUCUUACGAUUUUCAUGACUGGAGCGUACAUUCUGUACUUUGUGGUCUUUGUCUAUCUUGCAGACUGCUACGGCAUGUACGCCUCAUCCGCAGUGGCGGGCCAGAGUUUAUUGCGUAACCUCCUCGCAACGGUCUUCCCCCUCUUCUCGGAGCAAAUGUUCACAAAGAUGACGUACAAGUGGGCUAACACAAUGUUCGGCUGCAUCUCCUGUGUGAUGCUGCCUAUACCCUUUGUCCUCUACUUCUACGGGUCCGAGAUCCGAAAGCGAAGUCCGUUUUCCCGUCAGACGUUGGAGGCGGAGCAGAAACGAAUAGAAGACACAGCAAAGGUAUGA